AUGUUUAGGAGCCGGGAUGCGGGUCGAAGUUGGCAAGAAUUGGGCGUUAUCAUCGAUGGCCCACCAAAAGACUGGAGCGUCACCGGGUUUCGUGACCCUUACGUUUUUCCAAGCCCUGGAUUAGAUGCUAUCCGGGGCGUCGGGCCGCAUUACUAUCUUACUUUGGGUUCGGGCCUCAAAGGGCCCAACGUACCGGACGAAUUUCCCGAUGACGCCCGCCCUGGACUUCUCGGCUCUCGUAUAGCCCUUUAUACUGCCCCCGCUUCCGAUUUAACGAAAUGGACUUUUGUCGGGCCUGUAUGGGAAUCAGCCCCUAAUGCAAGCCUUGGUAACCCAGAUAUAACUGGCGGGUACGGAUAUAAUUUUGAAACGAGCGGAAUCUUCGAUUUGCCCACGAAUCGAAACGGCGGCGGCAAAGGCCCUCAAGCCUGGUUUGCUAUUAUGGGCACUGAAGGUGGCAACACAACAUUGCAUCCGGAUAAGCAUUGGGCAGUCUGGUCCCGCGGUGAUAUAUCCACUAGCCGUGGCGGUAGCGUAAAAUUAACGCCUUCGUCCAGUGGAUUGCAAAAGCAUAAAUACAUUGAUGGAAACGAAUGGAUUCCAGACGCAAGGAAUGCUUAUACUGCUGAAACCUUGGGUAUCAGACCGCUGCCAGAUGUGGUAAAACAGCUUAUCAGUGGAGCGAAACAACAAACUUCAAACGUUGGGAAUUUACAGCCGGGCACCGGACCCAAAAAGAUUUUUAGUCACGUGGGCGAUUCGUGGAUGAUGACGGCCACACUUGGGCCUGUUCAAAGGGCAGCCGGUAUUAUUAUUGCACAAAGUCCGGAUAACGCCGAAUAUACAAAAAUUAUAUACGACGCCCAAGCCAGGCAAAUCAGAGUGCUACGGGAGAACAGCACUUUGUUAAAAGGCGUAUUUAAAACCAAUACUUUAACCGGUUAUUUUGCCCCAUAUACCUUUGCCAAUGGCACGACCGAGGAUGUUAAAUUCACUCUCAUAUUUGAUAAAUCGCUCCUAGAAAUCUUUGUCAACGAUCGGUUCGCGCUUACCACCCGAAUUUACCCCGUUCGCCCCGACAGUACUGGGAUAUCUUAUUUUGCCGCGGACUUACAUGGAAAUGGUCAUGUCGAUAACGCGAGCGUUGCUCCAUGGAAACAAGCCACAGUAUGGAUGGGGUUAAAAAAUGCUUGGCCUAAAAGACCAGACAAUUCGAGUUCAAAACUAGUUUGGGAUUCACCGGAGCAAACGGGCGGUUAUAAAUGGUGGUCAGGUAAGCUUCUGAACGUCCUUCCGUCUUAUACCCUUAAUCGAGCGGUAAUAGUAGUAGUAUUAUUAUUAUUUAACGCCGGGCUCGGCCCGGCUUGUUAG